AUGAGCUCCAGUAAUAGCACUCAAUCCCCCGGAGAUGGCAUCACCGGCGGCUAUACAGGCAACAGCUUGGCCAUGAAGAUCGCCAUUGCCACCCUCGCCGGUAUCACCUGGUACAAUGCCAUCGAACUCAUCAUCCUUGUCUUCGUCACCUUCAGUCAGUACCGCGGCCUCUACUUCUGGUCCCUCUUCGUCUCCUCCUCCAUCGGCCUGGUCCCAUACUCCAUAGGGUUCCUGCUCAAGUUCUUCAACCUCACCAACCAGACCUGGCUCUCCGUCACCCUCAUCACCGUUGGCUGGUACUGCAUGGUCACCGGCCAGUCCAUCGUGCUGUACUCGCGCCUUCACUUGGUGCUUCCCAGCCACCGCGUGCUGCGCCGCGUCCUGGCCAUGAUCCUCGUCAACGCCGUCAUCCUCCACAUCCCCACCACUGUGUUGACCUACGGCUCUAAUCUCGCCAGCUCCCACCUCGCCUAUCGCCAAGGCUACAAUGUUAUGGAGAAGAUCCAGAUGACCGGCUUCUGCAUCCAAGAAUUCGUCCUCUCCGCCCUCUACAUCUGGGAGACUACUCGCAUGCUGCGCCUGGACCCGGACCGUGGGAAGCGCAAGAUCAUGUACCAGCUUGUCGCCAUCAACCUGAUCAUCAUCUUCAUGGAUGUUGGCCUGCUCGUCAUCGAGUACCGAAACCUCUACAUCAUGGAGACCAUGAUCAAGGGUGUUGUCUACAGCAUCAAGCUGAAGCUCGAGUUUGCCGUCCUUGGCAAACUCGUCCACCUCGUGCGCAGCCACGUCUGGAAGACUACCGAAUCCGCCGCCGCCGCCGCCGCCGACCCGCGCCACCACCACCAUCAUCACCACCGCGCCUCUGACUUCCCGGACUUCGUUGACGCCUCGCGCGUCACCUCCGACCUGACGCACGCCGCUCCGACCGGACGCCGUCGGUCCCACCCCUGGAUGGACUCGGACGACGUCUCGAUCGCCAUGUUCGAACACGCGGGUUCGGCCUCGGGGCCCACCAUCCGCGACCAGGAGACGGGACACUCGGAGGUGUCGCAUUCGUGGAGUGGCGAAACGCAUACCAAUAACAGUCUCGUCCUGCAUGGCGAUCAAGAGCCUAGUCCGGUGGAUUUUACCGAUCCGUGGCAUAAAUCGAAGGAUCAUUUUCAGCGAUAUGAUCCGGGGUGA